AAAAAAAAACAAUGUCACUGAAAUAAGAAAUUAAUUGACACAAAUUGAUUUCGCAAUUUUCUGAGAAGAAAAUAAUCACUAAUUAACGUUGUGAGAAAGGAAUUUUACUCAUCAAAUGAUAUACGUUUUAACAAUAAAUUGAUCACAAUCAAUAACAGGUCAAUAUGUUGAGAUUUCGUCCCAAAUUGGGAAGUGAGCGUAGCAGCGAGUGGCGCUGCUGUUUUUGUCUUCAUGUGCGCACAGGCACAAUCUUACUGGGAACAUGGCACCUGCUAUUGCACCUCAUUGCAUUAGGCUUCCUAGCAGCCAUAGUGCGAGACCCUCGCCUUCUUGAAGAACUUGAGCGUGAGUCAUCUCCAGUUGCGGACUGGAGUGAUGUUGGGCGACCAAAUAAUGCAUUGCCCACUCCCCUGUCUAACGUGGAACCUCCUCCAAGCUCGUUCCCACAACAUGCCAAUCAAAAUAGGGACCAUAGCCUUAUUUACCAUGAUGUGGAUGUGGGUGCACUGGUUACAGUGUGUACCCUGGCCAUCACGUUGAUGCUGAUAUAUGGCGCGGCGCGCGGCAAGCCGGCACACCUUCUGCCGUUCUUCUGCCUACAAAUAUUCGACUUUGCCAUCACUGUCGUAACGGCGACCGGUUACCUGUGCUACCUGCGCUCGAUCCACCGCCUGGUUGCGGAGACGCGGCGCGUGCCGUGGCGCGCUCAGCUGCUCCAACUACCAGCGCCCGCGCUAGCGCUCGUCGUCGUCUCCGCGUUCCUGGCCGCUGUGCUGAUUAAGGCGUACUGCAUCAACAUCGUGUGGCGCUGCUACAAGUACCUGACGAUGCGCGCGCACGCGUUGCACAGCCUCACUCCGUUCGUGAUCUCUCAAGACGGCGUGGUGACGCCCGCGCCGCUGCCGCACGCCUGUCCCCCGCCCGCGCCCGACUACUCCAGCCUGCUGCCCGCCUACGACGACGCCGUCAAGCAGACGCCGCCGCCGUCCUACCGCGCCGCCACGCUCAUGGCUGCCGCCGACCCCGCGCUCACGGUCAGUGACUAUAGUUUUUUUUUACGUCGGGAAAUGCUUUGCGCAUACCCACUGGGCGAUGGGAACGACCAGCGUCGACAAGAUUUUAUCACGGUGCGCAUCCUAGCCCGGCAAGAAACAAAAGACGAAAUCAUUUUAUUGUUGUCACAGCCCGACACCCCGCCGACCGAGCAGCCGCCGCUAGCCGCCGCGCCGCCCACCAACACCGUGGUCAUGCUGCCGCAGCACGGCGCGCAGGCCCGCGUCUAAAGCUCGCGGGGCACCACCACCUGUACCCACGUGAUCUCCCGCCAACGGCCCGGUUCGUAUUCCUUUUUCAAAUUCAAACCUUUUUUAUUGUACAGUCGACAGCAUAUUGGACUAUACGUUUAAGUGAAUCGCACCUAUAAAUAAGAACAUAGGUGCCAGUGUCGAUCAGUUUAUUCGAUUUUACGUUUGUCUUGCAUAAUCGCACCAAUCGCAAGAGCAUAGGUGCGCCAGUCUUAAUUUGACCUGCCGUCGUCUGUACCUCUUCUGCCAUAGCGUAUGAUUGCGUUUCUCAUUCAUUGUAUCUCCGCUGAUGUCUUGUACUGAAAAUACUUUUGCUAAAAUCUAUUCAACCGAUACAUCUUUGUAAUAAAAAGUAGCAUUCAAUAUUUAAAUUACAGCAAUAUCGUUUCUUGCAAUGUGUCAAUUAGUGUUGAUUUACAAUUACUCCAUGAUUAAUGCAGGUUAAUGUGUGAUUGAGUACAGGUUUAUGGCCCUUGCUUGUGCCUAUAUUUGUAAUAUUAAUAUAAUUAUUAAUUUUAAAGGGAUAUUUUCGUUGGGGGCUGAUCCAGACUAUCUAUUUACCUAUAUUUAUUUAAAUGAAAUGAAACAAAAAUAAAAUUUUUGAUUAAAGAUUUAUCUUCAAAUUAAUUUACUGGUACCUAAUAAAAUAUAGUUGACUGUUGCAGUUACUUCAGAGUCAUUCCCUUCUCCUGGGUCUGCCCCCGACGCCUAGUUGUAAAGGAGCGGUGAUGGCACUCCCGCGCUCGGUCCUUUACCUGUUGCAACUGUAGUGCCAUUACGUUACGAUGUUUGAAAAAUUUAUUUUCGUAUGAUACUUAGGUAAACACUAGUUUUAUAUUCCACUUCUAUUUAUACUUAAUUCUGUUAGAGUUUAAAAUACACAGUUAUUUUUUGUGUACAUUAUUGGUUUAUUGCCAUUUUUUGUUGUUAUCAUCAUCAGAACGCGAGUCAAAAUAUUGCUUAGGACUAAAUUAUGUAUCAUUUAUUGUAAUUUCUUUGGCAUAAUAACAACAUUCCUUCCUCAUUUCUAGGCUAGUAUAAUGUAACAUAAAUGUCUAUUCAUAAUCAUUGAUGUCUUGAAGUGUCUAUUCUAUUUACAUCUGGUAACAUCAUAUUGCACUUACACAAGCGUUACUUACAAGUAUGUAAGUUUAAAACGACCAUGAUGUCAAUUUGUGUGGCAUCACACCGUCCAUUUUGACGCUAUUGGCAAUGCACAUUCGAUGUUCCUACCAUAAUGUUGUAUACGGAAAGCAGGUUUUAUUAUACUAUUGUUUCGCUUUGUUCAUAGGCAAUUGUAGUAUAAAAACUGACAUGCUGCAACUUUUCUGACAGAUAUACCGUGUUUGAAUUACUCACAGUUACGUGUACUUCUCAAUGUGUAAGAUUAUCCAAGUAUAAAUUACCAAGCAAUGAUGCCUUAGCUCAUUGGUAUCUUGCAGUGGCAUGAAAUCUUUAUAGCAGUUGUAUGUACGCGCUUAUUUAGGAAGUUUUCAAAAGUAAUAAAUGUCAUCUGCAUUAAAGGUUUCUAGCACCUGCAACGACUUAUUUUAAAUGUAAGGGAAAAAUAAUUAAUGUAUAUUAAUAUUUGAUGUGUGUACCAACUAACGGAACGUAAAUUUUAGAUGUAGUCUGGUUAUUGAGUGUCUAGAAAAUUGCUUGAAGUCACUGCUUUGCUCAUAUAAAAUGGUAAGGUCCGUAAGUAGUUUCAAAAUGGCCUAAACAUGUAACACAUAGUAAAUCUUCAUGUUGAAUUAUAGUAAUUAAACGAUAUUAACAUUUAUGAAGUCAUAAUAUUAUACUGACACGAUAUUGUAGGUAUUAUUGUCGAGAAUAUGUAUAUCUAAGUAUGUAAUUCACUAUCUUGAUUCACAUUGGAUGGAAACAUUAUUGGCUAAUAUAGUUCAAUUCAAUUAUAAAAAAGUAUUGUAUACAUUCUUGCCAAAUUUUUAAUUAAUUCUCGAAUAAUCUGGAUGAAGUACAUUUUUAUGUGAGAAGCUCGUACUUACUUCGCAAUAUAUUUGUCAACGCAAUUUUUCAUAUCAUUUCACUACGGAUAUUUUCUUAUUCAUUGCUGCCACUUGUCAUAAUAUUCCAUGUUGUUUUAAGUUACAAAAUUCUAAAUUAGUAAUACUACUUAAAAGUUACUGAUAAAUGUAAUAAGGGCACUA